AUGGGCCGCCGCGACGACGAGCACACGCUCGCGACCUACGACGUACUGCUCGAGAAGGUUGCAGGCGACUCGAUGAACCUCACGGAGCUCCGGGCCCCGCGUCUCACAGGCAACAGCCUCAAGGUCUUUGCCAAGCUGCUGCGCGUACCCGUCCUUGGCCCCACCAUUCUGCGCAAGAUCAAGUUGGACAACCGCAUGAUUCAAGUGCGCGAGCUCGCGGCGACCGUGCGCAUGCAGCCUCUCUACUACCCGCUCUGCAUGCCCUCGAGCUCCCUUCUCGCGCAGCAUACGGCGCACGCACGAGCCUACUCCCUGCAGGCGCUUGCUGCGAUGGAGCACCCGCAGAAGUCCCUCGCCUUUCACUGCUACACAGCAGCUGACUACGUGCACGCUGACGCGGCGCUAGAGAAUGCGAUAGCGUCGACGGCGCGGUACCGUGCCGGCGCCACCCUUGGCCCCCUCCACGGUGUCCCGAUCGCCGUCAAAGACGAGAUCGAGGAUGAAGGCUACCCGACCACGUUUGGUACGUCCUUUCUCGGGUCGGUCCAUGGCGUGGCGCCCGUCGACUGCUUUUCUGUCGCCCGGCUACGCGCGGCCGGCGCCAUCAUCGUCGGUAAAACCAACAUGCACGCGUUUGGCGCCGGCUGCUUUGGUAUUAACAUCCACCACGGCACCGCGCCCAACCCCGGGUCGGCUGCCGCCGGGCUUGUGCCGAUCGCUAUCGGCUGUGAUGGCGGCGGCUCGGUGCGCAUUCCGUCCAGCCUUUGCGGCAUCGUGGGGCUCAAAGCCACGUACGUCCGGAUCCCCUAUGACUUUCACGGGUGCCCGAGCCUUUCGAAAGUCGGACCGCUCGCUGCAUCCGUGCACGACGCAGCGCUUGCAUACACCAUCAUGGCGGGCAGCGACGCGGGCCAUCAUCAUAUGAGUUUGUACCAACCACCGCUCUAUCUCUCGACGUCGCCGUUCGCGACCGACCUCGGACACCUCCGCGUCGGUAUCGAUCCCGACUACCUUUUUGGCAGGGACACGGAGAUCGUGACGGCGAUCCACGCGCAGAUGGCGGACUUGCAGGCGCGGGGCGCGACCAUCAUGCACAUCAAACUCGCGAACCUCCAAGCGAUCCACUUUGGCCACAACAUGACGAUUCUCACCGAGAUGGCGCAGGCCACGGACGUCCACUAUCGUUGCAUUCGCGAGUUCAGCGCCGAUGUGCAAAUCAACUUGGAGCUUGCGCGCGCGGUGCUCUCGAGCAUCGACUUUCUCGCGGCCCAGCGCGUGCGCGCGUAUGCCACUAGCAUGCUGCGCGACCCCGACGUCUUCAAGGCCGGCCUCUCGCAGCUCGAGCUCACCACAGGCCUCAUGAAGUGCAUGGUGCUCGGCAACUUUGUCGGUAUAGGCCUCUCCUCGGGCGGGCUGCCCAUGCCGCUGCAGCUGCAAGCCGCGCAUUGGCAUGAAGAUACCGUCCUGCAGCUCGCGCGCCUUCUCGAGUCGCUCAACCCGAUGCCGAAGCCAUCCGUGUACAACUCGCCGCUCGACAGCACGACCACCGACGUCGCGACAGCACAUUAA